CCUUCCCAAGGUGUCUGGUGGCCAAGAAGAGAGUUGUGGUUGGCACUGGCCUAGCCCCACCUGUAGCCUCCUGCCCCCUUCCUCUGCUCCCUUCCCACUCGGGCCUCUCCUGCCCUGCCUGUCUGAGGCCCAAGCCCCAGACGCCUUCCACCCUCAGCCUCCUCCUGCAGGUGGGCAGCUGGCCCAGGCUGAGCCCAGGCUCUCCCCAGGGUCAUGCAGCCCCUGGGUCUCCCCACUGGUAGAAAGCGAAUGCCUCCCCCAGCAUCCUGCAGGUCCAGAGAUGGGGCAGGCAUUCUUGCUUCCCUCCGUUCUGCUUCCAGAAUGCACCCUCCAUUUGGAAGCUCCUCCAGGCUCAUGCCCUUGGCUCCCCGCCCCCAGGCCCUGCCCACCUUGUUGCCAUCCCCUGCGAGCCAGCUUCCACGCGGCAGGGGCUUGGCGCCUCCGAUUUCCCAGCCUUUACCUCCCCAAGUGCUGCCGUGUGCCGCGGAUUACCACGCCCGUGUGGCUGAUGCCUGGCCCUCAUCAUCCCCGGCCUCGGUUCCUGUUUGCGGCUCCAGCAGCCUUUACCGUCAGCUGCCUCCACCUCCUGCCUCCGUGGCGGCCACAGCCCGCGCCUACAUCUGCCCUUCCCGAGGCUGUUCCACCGAGGACCAGUCUCCCCGGCCUCACCUCCCAGGCGUGUCCCUCAUCCUGCCUUUUUAUGCACACCUGCCCCUCAACCUCGUUUGGGCUUUAGUCAGUGUCUGUGUGCUCUCCCCAUCUGCACAUCUUCCUCUGGUUGGCCUUGGCCUUGGGCCCUGCCACAUCAGUUCUCUUCUCAGUGCUAUUUGUUCGUUCAUUCAUUCAUUCAUUCAUUCAGCGAGCAUCUUCUGAGGGCCUCCUGUGUGGCAGACUCUGUUCUAGGUGCCGGCUUAACUUUAAGUUAACAGUAAUCCCUCAGCCAUGCAUGUUGUUCCCCUCUCCUCUGCCCCUGCAGCUACAAAGUGAAAGGUCUGGGAGGGUCAGGCAGCUUGACAUCUCGCAUCCUCUUGGAUGCCCUUGGGGGAUUGCCACCAGCGACCCCCAGAACUGACCUGAGGGCCUGAGGUGUUACCUUAACAGGACCACAUGCUCUCUCCCCAUUGGUGACCCUCUGCUGAUCAGGCAGCCCAAGAUCCUACUGACUGAUUUAGUUUCCAUCUAGCAAUCGACUAUUAUGCUUGUGGUCCACUAGACCCUUCAGAUUGUUUUCAGUUGUUACAUUUUGGCCUGUGCCUCUGUCCUCUUUUCGGUGUGUGGCAUGUCAUGGCAGCUUUCCCAACGCACCCCCCCCCCAACUCCCACUCACGUAUUCCAGUUCUUCCAUUUACUGGAAUAUACUAGCUGAGCCCCUGGUUCUGCCUUAGGCACUGCAGAUAUAGACAUCUGUCAGAUUCUUCCUCAGCCUCAAGUCUCCUGGGGGAAACUGAGGCUUGAUAUGGGUGGAAUAAGUGCUGGGAUUUUAGUGGGAGGAGAUCUGGGCGUGCGGCUGCCCUGUGGUGCAGUGUUGAGGCAGGGCCAGCGGGCGGGAAUCCUGCAGGUCAGUGAUUCUCACAGUUCUGGGACCAGCAGCCUCAGCACCCCCUGGGAGGCCGGUAGAAGUGCAGAUUCCUAGGCUUCAUCAGCCCUAUUGAAUCAGAAUCGCUGGGGGUGGAGCCCAGCCGUCGUGUCCCGAGUCCUGCAGGGAUUCUGAUGGCGUCUAAAGUUUGCGAGGAGGGGUUUAGGGGAGAGAUGCUGGCAGUGGGCAGUGGGGCUGGGCGGGAGGGUUCCCAGGGUCCUUGGGAGGCGGAAUCGAAGGCCUUGGCCGUUGAGUGUGGAGGGGUGAGGGUGAGGCUGAGAUGAGGGGGAGGUGGCUGCAGGCUUCGGCUGCGGUGGCUGCCAACCUCCAAUCAGCAGGCCCCUCCGUUCCUUGUCCCCCCUACCCUCGCACCAGUGGGUCUUCCAGCCCCUCCCGUGAGCACCUGCUCCCCACCUCCCUCCCCUCCUUACUGCCCCACGCAGCCUCCCUUCUUCACAAACAAGCCGUCAGGUAGUUAGGGCGGUUUCCACAGCAAUUGACAUCAGCAGUCUGGUCCCCGGGGAGCCCGGCACCCUCCUGCCCGCGGGCAGCGCCUCCCUCACCGCCUCUUGGAGGAGGAGAAGCGGAGGCAUUGGGGGCCUCCCACGCCCAUUUUGAGGACCGGCCCGGAGGGGAGGGGCCGGGAGGGCCGGAGGUAGGCGGGGCGUCCUCGGGCCCGUGGCCCCGGCGGCCUGGCAGUCGGGCUCCUGGGCAGCGGCGGGGCGGCAGCAGCACGCAUGGCAGAGGACGCGCCGAAGCAGCCGCAGCUCAGCAUGCCGCUGGUCCUCGACCACGACCUGACCAGGCAGAUGCGGCUGCGCGUGGAGAGCCUGAAGCAGCGCGGCGAGAAGCGCCAGGACGGCGAGAAGCUGCUGCGGCCGGCCGAGGCCGUGUACCGCCUGGACUUCGUCCAGCAGGACAGGCUGCAGUUCGAGCGCUGGGACGUGGUGCUGGACAAGCCGGGCAAGGUCACCAUCACGGGCACCUCCCAGAACUGGACGCCCGACCUCACCAACCUCAUGACCCGCCAGCUGCUGGACCCCGCUGCCAUCUUCUGGCGCAAGGAGGACGGGGACGCCGACGCCGUGGAUUGGAACGAGGCCGAUGCCCUGGAGUUCGGGGAGCGCCUGUCGGAUCUGGCCAAGAUUCGAAAGGUCAUGUACUUCCUCAUCACCUGCAGCGAGGGCCUGGAGCCCAGCUUCCCCGGGCCCCCUGAGCCUGCGUGCUUCCUCCUCUCCUUUCCCUGGUGCCAGCGUUCGUGCUCACGGAGGAAGAGGCAGAGGCCCUGUAGUCCACAAGCUGACCUGACUGCUGCUGCUUCUGCUGUAGACCGUGGAGGCCUGGUCGGGGCCGAGGGCAUGUGCCUUCUCUCUGCCUCGUUGUCCCUAGAGAGACUCAGACAGACCGAGACAGACAGACAGAUNGACAGACAGAUCCAAAGCGCCAGCCGUCGGGCUUCCUCGGGAGAUGGACAGACAGACGACAGAGCAGCCUCCUCGGGGAAAAUCCACAAGCCAGCGUUUGCUGCCGUCCUGGCCACAGCGCCCUUUGCUGAAGUCCAGGGGCGAACAGGGAGCCUGAGGACCCAGGAAAGCACUGCUGCUGGCGGGGCCUGGCGUGGUCCCAUGACGCCUCAGGAGCCUUAG